AUGGCUCUUUAUCUUUGUCUCCCUCUGCUGGUGGCACUCCUGCAUCCUGCUCUGUGUCUCUACAACUGCUCCUCCGAGUAUGACAGGACACCAGACAGCUCAGACUUGAUGGUCGACUGUGGAACCAACAUGAUCACCCUGGAGAUCAACCUGUGCACGGCUCAGUGGGCCGGCUUCAACACCACAAACCUGGCUCUGAACGGGGCCCACAACAACAUGGCGUGCAUGGGCUCCGUCGACACCAGCGUGGCCCCCCCAGUCAUCCGUUACCUUCUCCCUGUCAACCACAGUCUGGAUAACUCCUGUCGCCAGUCUCUGCAGAUUGUGGACAAGACCCCGGAUCCCACAGGCCCCUUCGCCAGCUUCCAAAACAUCCAGGCAGUUGUCAUCACAGGCUUCAUUGACACACCCAGAUCUGACCAGGGGCUGAUCAGCUACUCCACCGAUCUCUACUAUCACUUCUCCUGCAACUACCCGCUGGAGUACCUCAUCAACAACACACAGAUUGUGGCCUCCUCUGUCUCGGUGGCGACCAACGAUAACAAUGGAACGUUCAUUAAUGCAUUGCAAAUGGCUGUUUUUAAUGACUCAGACUACCUCCACCCGUUAGUGUUGCCUUCAGCAGGUCUCCAGCUGCGAACCAGGAUCUAUGUGGAGGUCAAGGCCGUCAACCUCACAGGAAAUUUCCAUGUCCUGCUGGAUCACUGCUUCAGCACUCCCACUGCUUUCAACAUGUCGCUCAACGAGCAGCACAACUUCUUCGUCGGCUGUUCAGUGGACCAGAGGUCAAAGGUGACAAGCAAUGGCCUUUCCAUGGUCGCCAGGUUCGACUAUGAGGCUUUCCGCUUCGUACAGCACCGUGAACAGGAAAAGUCCAGCAGCUAUCUGCACUGCAUACUGAGACUCUGUGAGCCCAACAAAUGUCAAGAGCUGGUGUCUGCCUGCAACAACAGAAGAAAAAGAUCUGUGACUCCUUUCGGUGAAGAAAGCAGAGAAUCCGCCACUGUUUCAGUCGGACCUCUUUACACUGCUCCUGAAAGCAGGCCAUAUGCAGCGGCCUACAGUAAUGACUUGGCACCAGAGAAGGAGGCGGUGGACAUGACGGGCCUGGCGGUCGGGGUGGUGUUUGGCUCAGCGGCUGCUGCCUUACUGGUUCUGGGCGGCUGGUUUGUCCUGAAGAAGUUUUACUGGGCGGGAGGAUUUCGUGCCUUUGAUUGACAGAUCGAGCGGCAAAUUGUCUUUGCCUUUUCACCUCAAACCUCUUAAAGCGCUGAUUGUGAUUUUUCAGUAAUAACCACAUGUUCUCGUCAGAUAAAUAUGCAAAACAAUUUAUGACUCAGGUAUUUUGUAUAAUAUUUCUUUUUAGCCUAUAGUCAUCUAAACUCAAUAGUUGUUCACUCAUAAUUAAUGAAGAGUUUAGCCUGAAAUAUGCAUAAAAACCUUAAACUUUACAAUGGAAGAACAGUUAUUUUGAUAUUUUAUACAAGUAUAGUUUUGAUAAUAUCUUUGAGUUUUUUCUACAACUGUAUAAGUGUCAGGAUUUUGACUUAAUUGCUUACUUGCAAAAUUGAUGAUGAAAUAGAUAAUUUGUGCAGAUUUAAAAUAAAGUUUAUACACAGUUGGUUUGACACUGUGGCUGAUUUUUUAAUUAAAAAGAUAACAUGUAAUUUAUUUCAGCAAUAACUUUACUCUUCACAGGCAGCAUCUUCUCACAUGGUACAGUAAACACAUAUUGACACACUCCUUCAAAUACAAAAUGAAACAUAUACAUCAAUCACAUCCAUACAUUCAAAAAUAUUUACAUGCUACUUACUUGGCUGUUACAGUGGCAACUAAUAAAAAAUCAUGUACAAGAUUCAUUUUAAAUGGACCGUGUUAAGUCAUAUUUAAAUAAUAAUGCUCAGGGGACUGUCUCUACACUGAGUGCAGAAUGUCGUGGAUCAGAGCUGAGAGUUUAACUGAAAAGUCCUCCUGCAGAGAGCCUGCAGGCUGCGUGGAUGAAGAGGAGGAAGAGGAGGGAGACAGGCUGGAGGCUCUCUGCUCCUCCGGCUCCUGAAACAACUUCUCCAUCUGGAUCUGAAACACUUGGCUCAGUGAGGCAGCCUUCCGGCAGAACCGCUCCACACUCGCUGUCACUU